AUUAUCCCCACUGUACAAGAAUUCAGAAAGGAUAAGCUAUUUGCUCAAGAUCACACAUCUAGGAAGGGGUGCUGCCAUGAUUCAAACCUAAUUGUUCUCUGAACAACUGCUUUAACCCUGACUCAGGUGUCUUUUGUUAUAAUUGAUGCCAUCAAAGAAUCCGAGCCACCAGAGCAGGGGAGAGAACAGAUGAAGGGGACAUUAAGGCUUAGACAGCCUGGGCUCUCACGACUGUUCUCCAUAUGAACUGGGACCUGGUCUCCAUCAGGGCCCCUACCCUGCCUCUCAUCACAUUGCUCUUCUGCCACCAGGAGGCACCAGUGCUUAGUUUCAAAGCUGCACCCUUAACUUUAGCCACAAAUAUCCUGUGGGGCUAGUGAGCUCCUCCUGGGAGAAGGGGUUCCUGCUCUGUCUUGCCUAGAGUGGAGCUGACGUCCUGCAGUCUCUAGGGCAAUGUGGUACAUUUAGGUCAUCUGCAGAACUGAGGACGAACCAAGUGAAAAACUCCCAAUCUCUCCUCCAAUCUCUUGUUACCCGGGGCCAUGAAAGAUGAGGUCAGUCCUGCAGUCUGCAUAUUAAGUGAGAUCACUUGCCCAUCUUGGAGUCAUGCACACCUCUGAAUUUAGCUGCCACCUACUGGCCACUUCUAUUCCAUGCCAAGCACUUUAGCUCUUUCAGUCUUCACAGUAUCAUGAUUUUACAGUGAAGGAGGGCCCCAGAGGUUAAAGACCCAGCCAGAGGUACAGAGCUGCUCAGAACUGUGACUUUAAUCAUACCUGCUCAGAAUAACUAAUAACUGGGCUAUCCAGUCAGGUGAAAUCACAUAGGCCAAAGCAAAGAAGCUAAUUUUUUUUUUUCUCCAUGGUUUGCAAAGUUGGCAGACUCCUGGGAUUACCUGGGGACCUUUUUAAAAGCCCAAAGCCAAAGCAACCUCCCAGGCCAAUUAAAUCAGGGUCUCCGGGGUAGAACUCAGGCAUUAACUGGUUUUUUUACAAUUUCCUCUAGAGAUAUCAGUUUGCAGCCAGGGUUCAGAUCCGCUGAUUUAACCAGAGCAGUUUUUAGGGGGUAGGGGCAAGAAAAUUCAGUCCAAGACCAGGAAUGGGAUUUAGGCAUAGUGAUUGUUAACAACUGCUAAGGGAACAGUCCCACUUGUAGUUUCAUCUACAGGUGUGAGACUCUGGAGGUGUGUGGUUCAAAACCUGCCUUGCUAGGUGCACCGCCCUGGUCCCAGGAUUAACAGAGUACUCUGUUCUGUGCCAGACACUUGCCAAGCACCCUGCAAGGAUCACCACAUUUAUUUUGCAACAACCUCAUGAAGGAGGGUGCUGAGCAACAGUAGCCAGGGCACCUACUCAACUCGCUGUUGUAGUGGAAGGCAGCCACAGACCCUCCAUGUACUCGGAGAUCCAGAGGGAGCGGGCAGACAUCGGGGGUCUGAUGGCCCGGCCAGAGUACAGAGAGUGGAACCCGGAGCUCAUUAAGCCCAAGAAACUGCUGAAUCCCGUGAAGGCAUCCCGGAGCCACCAGGAGCUGCACCGAGAGCUGCUCAUGAACCACAGAAGGGGCCUCGGUGUGGACAGCAAACCGGAGCUGCAGCGUGUCCUGGAGCACCGCAGGCGGAACCAACUCAUCAAGAAAAAGAAGGAGGAGCUGGAGGCCAAGCGACUGCAGUGCCCCUUUGAGCAGGAGCUGCUGAGACGGCAGCAGAGGCUGAACCAGCUGGAAAAGCCACCAGAAAAGGAAGAGGACCACGCCCCUGAAUUUAUUAAGGUCAGGGAAAACCUGCGGAGAAUUGCCACGCUGACGAGUGAAGAGAGAGUGCUGUGAGCUGGCUGGCCCCUGCCCCCACCCUGGCCCUCACACCCCCCCCAGCCCUUCUGAAUCUGGUGGCCCGGGCCCUGGGCCAUCCGUGAUGUGCAUGCUAGCUGCUGUCCAACUGCACUGCCCCUGAGGGCCUGGCCCUCCUUGAGAAUCUGGGGAUCCUGAGUUCCAGCCUCCUCCUCCCAGCAUUUACCUCUCCAGUUCCAAGAUGAAGCCACUGCCUCAAAAACCUUCAGCAAGGCACCUGUCCCAAAAGGUCUUCCGAGCCCUGCCAAGAUGCUUCUGGCGAAAGUGGGAGGUGGGAAGGGGCAGGUGCCUCUCUGGCCAGAAAAGCCUUCCACUCUGCCCCACCCUGCAAGCCCUGCUUCUCGGAGCAGCCUAGUUCCUGGGUCUCAGAGGACUUCCUGCCCCUACCCCAGGCGGGGGCCAGCUAACUGGAGAAUCUUCGGACACUGCUUGAAAGCCAGUGGUUCAAGUGCAGCUGUGUGAGGCAAGGAAGGGCCGGGCAGCCCCCCGGCGGCUUGUGGCCUGUUGUGUCCGAUGAAGGAGGGCUCCUUAGGAUUUGCCAGCCUCCCCCUCACCCAUGCUUUUAUUUUCUCCCUCCGUUGCCCUCCCUGUCUGGGCCUUGUAACCACACCUAGUCAGGGCUGCAACCUUCCUGUUCCCAGAAGCCUAGACCAGUGUUUCUCAAACUUUACUGUGCCUACAAAUCACUGGGACUCUUGUUAAAAUAAGGCUUCUGAUUCAGUAGAUCUGGGACGAGCACUGAGAUUCUGCAUUUCUAACCAUCUCCCAGGCUGUUUGUUUGAGGAUCACACUGUAAAGAGCAAGGCUGGAGCAUUCAGGGCUGUUAAAUAUUGGAAAACUCAACCCUGAUGCCAUCUCUGUCCCCUCC